CUGCAGGCACCAAACACCCAGAUUCUCAGACACCGCUGGCAUUACUGUCAAGCAUCCCUCCAUUUCUUCUCGAGUCUACCGUUUGCUGCCAUAUUGCUGAGACCAGAGCACAAGAGGAAGAGACCAAAAAAAACAACACGCAUGGUUUAGACGCAAUCAAUGGCUACGCUCUUGUUGGCAUCGCUGGGUAAGACCAGAAGCACCCUCCUCCCACUCCGUCGCCGUCUCCCACCGCCUCCAUCCGUACUUUUACCGUUCUUGCAACUAUCCAGCGUAUUUACAGUAUCAUACCAUACGACGAAGGCCUCCCACCACAAUCGGAAGCGCGCCUCUCCCUGCUCGCUGUCAUCAAACCAUUGCCAGGGCCUAUCCACAGCGAAUCAACACCCCCAGUCAUCGACCCAACACCACAUCCGGUUUUCUGACUCCUGGUACAUCCGUCUUUGACGCUGCAGGGGCCUAUAGGGGCAUGGUGGACAUCUGGCAGCCCCCGGUCCAGCUCUACAAAGGCUUGCCAGGGAUGAGCCAGCCUUGGAAUUCGCAAAGCCAUCGGCUGCAUCCACUCCCUGAUUUCCCUCGCUACCAUCAAUUUCCUUCAACAAAGGACUUCUCAUCUGUCCUGCAGCCUUGCCCAUUGGCCACUCUCUACCAGCGAGCUUGAGGUGGUCCCAGAGGCUUCCAUAGACUUCCAGUCAUCGCUAGCACGGAUUAGUCAAAAGGUUCAGCCACGUCAAAAACAGCGCGACCAAGGGCAGCCUGGGCGAGCGGCUUUCCAGGGCAGCCUCCUCCCCAUCAGGCCCGUUCUUCGGUCCGUCGACUCCAGCGGCCCAUCCAGUCACACCGGGACGCAUGCUCCGCGCCGCUAGUUCCCAUCGAACUCUUUGUCACUCCGCAGACAACGAUAUUUACUUUUCCAUUCACUCUACCCAGCCAUCCGACUUUUCUCUCUUUUUCCCUCCUCACCACUUAACACGCGCGUCAUCGCAAGGCCGCCACAGCAAGCUUCAACAUCGCUAUUGAUUUGAUUGAGUCCGCAGUCUCAAUCCUGUUCCUCCCGGCUCAACCAAAUUUCGAGCCCAGUUACGCUAUGAUAUUCAGUCAUUCCAGCAUUUUCCGGACCUACCUCUCCCCUCAAAAACACACACAACCAGACCCGAACGUGUUGGACCCGGAUCGAGGGAAAGAUUGCUGCGGAAAGGGGCAGGAGUGAGGAGUGACGCCCAGUAUCGGAGAAGAGGCUAUCGAUUUGGGCCAACAUGAGUUAUCACUACGGCGUUCCCCCGGCGCAUUACGCCAAAUACACCACCUCGCCUUACAGCAGCGGCGAGUACGUUCAUUAUGCUCCUCAAUAUGACACGACGCCCAAGAAACACGCGCGUAAGGCCAGCUACAACCCUUCACCCAGGGUUGGAGGUUGGUUUUCACCCGCUGGCUCUCCGCCACCCUACUAUGAGCCCCGAGUUCAGUAUGCUGCACCGCGGGAUGAUGUUUAUGUGAGUGAGGAAAGGGCCAAGUCCCGCAACUACGAGAGCUAUGGCACCUUGCCACGCUCCAAAUAUCAUACCCGUUCAACGUCACGCAAACAGAACCAGCCCAUCUACAUCUACGACGAUCAAGCUGAAUAUGCAAGAGAGCCGCCUACCUACAUCUACCGCGAGCCAAAGCCUUCCAAAACCAAGCAUAUGCGGAAGCCAAGCACUGACACGUAUUUCUACUAUGGGCAGGAGCAGGUCAUAGAUGAGCAACCGAAGCGGUCUAGGGCUCGAAGGUCCUCGUCCACCACCAAGCCAUUACACAGAUCCAAGCCCAGCCAGCACAAGCCCACGCCACAGGCCACUGAGGAAGAUGCCAUUCGCGCCGGGAUCCCGCCCGGCUAUUCCAUAAAGCACUGGGAUCCUACGGAGUUGCCCAUAAUUCUGUUGGGUAGUGUCUUUGAUGCCAACUCCCUGGGCAAGUGGAUUUACGACUGGACCGUCUUCCAUCACGGCGCCUCGACACCUAUCGCUGAUAUGGCUGGCGAACUGUGGUUGCUGCUCAUCAAGCUCGCAGGAAAGAUGAAGCGGGCCGAAGAAUGCGUUGAUCGUAUCCAGAACCUCGACAAGCAAGAGACUGUCGAGGACUUCAUCGUGAGUGGUCACCGGCUGUGGGAUAGGUUCAAGGCGCUCCUCAAGGAGUGCGAACACUACAUGCUCAAGGCUGCCAAACGUGACGGCACGAAGACCAUGGGUAAAAAGGCGGGCACCGAGUUUGUCGACUCCAUCUUCGGACGCGACCGCCACCUCGAACAGACGGAGAAGAUCAUGAACCAAAUCAGACUCUGGAGCAUGCGCUUCGACGUCAACUGCGAGGACACGCUGCGUCGACCCUCUGUUGCCUAGGGAUGGCGCCGACGCGUCAACAACAACAGAUCUCGGUCGCCGCCUUUUUCGAAGCGAGAGGCGAUCUCCAUGUGGCGAAAACAAGCAUGACUCGGCCCCAAAACUUCAUCAACAACUUAAACGACAACACUGUACUAUACAGCACAUAGUGCAUUCUGCAUUUCAUUGGCGCUUAUGGUGAGGCACAUGUAACAACACGGCAUCAAACCUCAAGCGAGUUAUUUGAUUACAUCCAUUUAUGUAUACCUAGGUGCGCAUCAUGGGGGAUCUCUGAGUCAUUCAUAACGCACAGGCAGGCUACGGCAUUCUCAUUGGUUAUUGGGGUCAUAACACAUUAUUGGUUUCCUUACGGCAUGGCGAACCGGAUCGGCGUGGAUAGGCAGGGGAGUGUUACAGCUUCAACAAUAAUGUUAUAUGGGGCAAAAAGCACGGAGCAGAGGUGUUUUUCUUCUGGUCGGAGGGAAAAAGUUGCCUGACGCUGACAGCAAGCCAUACAGGGGCUGGGUUUCUAUGGCUGAUGUUGACCAUGUACUUUUAUGCGUUUAUACACGCACAUGGUCUUCUGCCUUGGGAGUUGCUCUCGGCGUUGACUUUUUGUCAUUAUUUCCGUUGUCGCGCUAUAUACCCCAGGAGUUGCGGACUUGUCUUAUCUAGGCUAUGGUUGGCUUUCUUUUUUAAUAGUACAGUACUAAAUGGCUUAUUGUAUGGUUUUAUGUAUGUGUGAAGUAUCAUUUCAGGGGCA